AUGGCGAUGGACUACUCGAGCCUGCGGGCGGCCGCUUUGCGGGACGGCGAAGACGAAGAAGCCGUCACUGUCGACACCCGCGCUCUCAUUGACAAGGUCCUGGCCCGUUACUCAGGAGAGUGGACGACGCUGCGAGAGCUCAUUCAGAAUGCGGCCGAUGCGCAAGCCACGACUGUUUCGAUCAAGUGGGAGACGCACCCGUCAACAACUGUCCCUCUCCCCAGCGCUGCGGACCGAUCCGAGCUGUUGAAGCAUACGAUAGCCAACCACACGCUGCGGCGGCUGGUUGUCCAAAACAACGGCCAGCCGUUUACAAAGACAGACUGGGGCCGUCUGAAGAGAAUCGCAGAGGGAAACCCCGAUGAGACCAAGAUCGGAGCGUUCGGUGUCGGCUUCUACAGCGUCUUUGCCGACUGCGAGGAGCCCUUUGUUAGCUCGGGCAGCGAGGCCAUGGCCUUUUACUGGAAAGGAAACUCUCUCUUUACCAAAAAGUCACACCUACCCGAGGAUAAAUCGUCGCCAUACACCGCCUUCGUGCUAGAUUAUAGAAAUACGACGACUCCCAUGCCGAACCUGCUCUCCGUCAGCCAGUUUCUUGCUACAAGUCUUACCUUUGUUGCGCUGGAGAAGAUUGAGUUUUGGAUCGAUGACCAUCUGAUUCUUUCCCUCCACAAGAAGACGUCUCCCAAUGUUGACCUGAUGCUGCCUCGCGACCUGGAGGCCAGGACAAAAGACAACAUUAUGAAAGUGACGAGCGUAGGUCGUACAAGCACACAGAUUGACGCAUCCUUUAUGAACGUAGUUGGAUGGAAGCCCCAAGCAGCAGCAUCCGCUGCAAAAGCCUCGGAUUCAUACGGUUCCACCGAGGCUCCCUCUCUGAGAUCCUUCUUUGCGAAAUUCACCACGACAACCUCGAACAGCCCUCUCUUCAAGACAAAACAGCAGACAGAGGAGACUCAAGCUCAGACAAAAAUUAUGGAAGAUGUUACCGCGUUGAACAAAGCAACAAUAUUCCUCAGGGCUACCACUGCCAACAUCAAGACCCACGUCUCCGCUUCCUUUUCCGCCGAGCUUGAGCGUGCGACCAAGAAGCCUCCGCCAAAGACCACAAAGAUAUCCAUUCUCACUACAUCAUAUGACGAGGCUGAAGCUUCCAAGGGCUCGAACCCAGAUAACGACGCUUUUGCCAAGGCUACAGAUGUCUUUGCUUCUGUGCUGCCAAACAAGAAGCCGGGUGGUCGCAUCUUUAUUGGAUUCCCUACUAUGCAGACAACCGGCGCUGGAAUGCAUAUUUCUGCCCCGUCUGUCAUCCCAACUGUCGAGAGAGAGGCCAUUGACCUGAACGCUCGCUGGGUCAGAACGUGGAACGUUGAACUUCUCCGAGCCUCUGGCAUCAUAGCCAGAUUAGCCUUUGCCAAUGAGAUGAGCGAGCUCGAUCGCAAAGUAAGGCAAUCAUCUGAGGCUGGCAAGAAAAUAUCCGCCGAAAUAGUCAACCGAUUCAUGCCCGAGGCGCUGCACAUUCUAAAGACAUUUACCUUUGCCGACUCUACGCCAAGCAGCCAAGUCGGACAGACCAUCGAGGAGGCUUUCUGGACCUGUUUCAAGAAGGCCUCCAUCGAGGUGUAUUCAAGCCGAGGUGUCUUGCAGACAUCGCAAGUUCGUCUAGGAUCGACAGAGCUGAGUGCCUUUGUGGAUAGCAUCCCAGUUGUGCCCAAGGACAUGACAGAUGCGCCAUUCGUGAGGAAGCUGAUAGACUUUGGGCUCAUCUCACACAUCACCGUAACGGAUGUCAAGGAAGAGCUGGAAGCCAAGGCCCUCACGAAGAGCCAAGCCAUCAACUUUAUAAAAUGGGCGGGCAAGAAGAGUUUGACUGGCGAGAUUGACCCGGGAAGCAGGGCCGCGCUUAUGGACGUUGCCGUUGCCACUCUCGGCGAUGAAAACGACAAGGGCGAAAUCGUGGCCCUUGGCAGUAUAAGCAAUUAUCUUAGUCUUUCAAAGAUUCCUGCUAAUAUGCCUGUCCCUCCAACAACCGUUCCAUAUGCUCUCAUUGUCAACAUUAGUGCUUCUGAACUGGAAGCUCUUGGGUGGGAGCCUUUGGAGAUUGUGCCGUGGCUGCGAUUUCUCAUCGAAACCACAGCCUCUAGGGCGGAAGAGGAGAGUGUCACUAGAUCUCCUAAAUUUGCUGUCGCCGUCCUUACAGUGUUGUCCAAGAACUGGGAACACAUGACCAUGAUUAAUAAGGGCACGAUGCAGAAUCUCGUCCAGUCAACUCCGAUGAUGCCGACCAAGCUGGGCUUGAGAAAGCCUGCAGAGUCUUUCUUUGCCACUGUCAAGCUCUUCGAUGACUUACCGGUCAUCCAAGGUUGCGAAAAGAUUAAGGAAAAGUUUUUGACCGCUCUUGGCGUUCGAAAGACGGUUGACUUGGAGACCAUCUUUGCCCGUCUGGUCAAUGUUUCCGGUGAAGAUGGCCAAAAGAAAUGGAGUCAUAUGGAGCUCAUUAAAUACUUGGCCUCUGUGCAGAAUGAUAUCCCAUCAGGCGAUCUUCGAAAGUUGAGAGAAUCCAGAAUCUGUCCCGCUGAAGCAGGGCCUAAAGGUGCGGAGCCAACAAAGGCCACGACAAAACUGUACAAGGUCUCGGAACUGUUUGAGCCCAAGGAUUCCCUCCGAACUCUCCAGUUGCCCAUCAUUCAGUGGCCAGGACCUCCUGGUAGCUUUCGAGCGAACAGCCCUGAGGCUCGAUUUCUGGUUGUCCUCGGCUUGCGGACUUUCCCCUCAGUUCCCGAGCUGGUGGACAUGAUGUCGUCAGGCGAUCAGGCGCUGAGGACCUCGGCAAUGACUUACUUCAUUGCCAAUCACCACUCGAAUCGGUAUGCCGCCUUUGAUCUGAGCGACUGCCGCAAACCAAUCCUACCGCUUCAGGGAAGCACCAAGUUGGUAACACCGGGUGCGUGCUUUACCAACGAGAAAGCGGCGGUGCUCGGGUUUGACAUUUUGAAUCGUGACCUCCAUGAUCACGCCAACAAAUUCGGCGUUGCUAGAGAUCCGCCCAUGGCUGACUAUUUUGCCUCUCGCAUUGGUGAGCUUGGAGAAAGCAGCUUAGUCAAGCUUCGAAAUGCUUCAAUCGUUCCAGUGAAGCGUUCAAGCUCUUCCGCUUCAGAAAAGUCUGGCGCAAAGCUUGCUUAUAUCACUCCGUCACAGGCAUACAUAGGAACGUCUUCAACUUAUGGGGACAUCUUUGACUUUGUAGACUUUGGUCAAGAUGGGAACAUCUUUCUGUUCAAAUGUGGUGCAAAGAGCGAACCGACCAAGGUGGAGGUUGCCUAUAUGGCAUGCAAUGAGCCAGCAAGGCUUCUCAGCGUUCUCCAGAGUCCCGAGAAGUACUUGGAUCUGCUCAAAUCUUUAGCCGAGGCUACUUCGACUCUCCAGCGCGAUAAGGAACUUUGGCGCAAGAUGAAAAGCUCGCCGUGUCUCCUCGCCUAUAAGGAACUUGUGGCGCCUUCCAAAGGCAAUGCUAACAGCAAUGAUUUCGAUGAGGAUGAAGCUCCAAUCAGGCAGUACCAGCUUGCUUCUGCUAGUCAAAUCGUUGUGGUGGACGACAUUAUCAGCUAUCGUCUCUUCAAGGAGCAUUUGAUAUGCGCUCCUGAAGAAGACAUUCUCGAGACUUUCUAUGUAAGACUCGGUGCGUCAAGGCUAAGCAGCAUAGUCCAAGAGGAUGUGCGCAUCGGCCCCCACACAGCACGGCAGCAGCUGGCUGAAUCGCUCAAGAAGCACGUUCUCGAACGGUCCAAGAUCUUCCUUUACGAGUACGCCAACUACCGCCGGGAUGCCAUUAAGCACGACGCAAAGUGGCUCGAGAGGAACCUGACUGUGGAGGUGGUCCGUUCGGUAGCGCUUCGACGAAGCUUACAAGGCCAGAGACAGACACACACUGAGAAACGCUCUGCGGCCGCGACAUACAACAACAGAUCAUGGGUCCUGUAUGUGACGGAUGAUGGAAAGCCAGACAUGUACCAAGUUGGUCAAGCGAUAUGUCAAAUGCUGCUCGACAGGCCUAACCAGCAAGCGUACCUGUUCUUCGAACCGUUCCUCACCCUGGAUCUCCUCGGAUUGCGGUCGCGUGGAUACAAUGUCGACCGAAUUCUGCGAGCAAAGGCCGCAGAGGCGCGAAUUGCAGAGGAAGAAAGGCGCAAGGCGCUGGAAGAGGAGCAAAAGCAGAUUCGGGAGAGGGAGCAAAACUGGGCUCAAUCCCAGGCAGAGCAUUCCAAGUCUCAGCAGCUUCCACAGGCAGCGGAGGCUGCGCGGGAAGCUCCCAGAUCUCCGAAAUCUUCUAUGCCUGGAGCCUGGGAUUCGCCCGAGGAGAAUGCGCAGGAUAGAAAUGCGAAUAAUAGGAAGAGCAGGGGCUUGUUUUCGAACCUCAGCCGCCGAUUUGGCUUUGAUACGCAGGAUGACGAUAAGAAUGACUCUCGAGGACAGGUGGAGCAGUUUAUGGGCAACAACUCGAAUUUUACCACUCGAGGCCCUGAUCAGUCUGGUGGUAACGGACAAUCGCAAAACGAUGACGGCAAAGUGACCAACCCAGCUGUGGUCCAGCAGAAUCUCUUGAAUGCGGUCAAUGCGACGCGAGCACACGGAUCUGAUAGUGUUUACUCAGAGCCUCAGGUCUCCGAGGUCAAAGAACAGGCGACAUACUGCGACAAGAAGCCGGCCCAAAACAUUACAUUUGUGGCAGAGGCUUCAAAUGGUAUGAAAGUCUAUGUGGCCAAAGAAAUGACUGCCCAUGCAGCUGCCUUCUUGUCAACAAAUCUCGCUGCGAUUAACUCUUUUGCAUCGCUUCUGGUCGAAAUUGGAAACGUCUACUCGUUGGCGCCAAAGGUGCUUCACAUCUUUCAUGACGAAUCUGGUGGAACGAUAGCAUUCAACACUGGCGGAAGCAUCUUUUGCAACUUCCGGUUCUUUCUGCAACUGCAUGCUGCCCAGAUUGAUGUUCCAAAUGGAGCUGGUAGGGCUGAAGCGGGCACUUGGUGGUGGGUUGUGCUGGCUCACGAGCUUGCUCACAAUCUGGUUUCACUGCACAACUCUGAUCACAGCUAUUAUACUGAAUCGUUUAUUCAGCAAUACAUGGGCAAGAUGAUGGCGAAGACGACGCAGUGGACUCAGGGAGCUCCUGCGCCGUCUCAACCGUCUACUCGACCAAUGUCGCAAACAGCGGCAGUGCCUUUAGACCCUCCACCGGCCUAUCGACCGGAGCAUCUGCUGGUGCAAGUUAUAAGUCAAGGUCACAUGCCUAGCCACGUGACGCUCCAAUUCCCGAAGAACCGCCCAACCUCAUCACCAUCCCGGAUCCCAAACUCCAGAUACCCGCGCAUCUCAAUCUUCAAGCUCGACUCGGCCAAUUCCUUCCGCCCCGCGGCCCCUGCAAAAAACAAUAAAUCCCACCAUCCAAAAGACUCUUUUAACCUUCCCACCGAGAGUCAAUUCAUUCUCACAAUGGUCCACCGUAUUGCAUUCUGGAGCUGUUUCGGCCUCGCCGUGCGCUUCUGGCAGGUCGGCAUCGAAAUGCGGCCCUUCUUCAACAAGUCGUCGCUGUGGGCGUACCCCGUGUACGCGGCGGGCGGCGCGAGCUUCGGGUACUGGCUGCAGGGCGUGGACGACAAGCAGACCGCGAUGCUGAACGAGCGGAAGAGGGCGCUGUUGGAGAAGAGGGCGAGAAAGGCACAGCGGGAUGCGGAGAGACAGGAGGCUUAA